GCAAGUCUAAAUAAAUAGUUUUUGGCGGAACUAGAUAUCUGGCCCGGCUGCUCGCCGAGUCGUUUAAUAAGCAGGACUAAGAUGAUGAGUUCCUGUGCAACUUCCUUCAUAAAUACAACAAGGGAUGUUGGUCUCAAGUAUUGCAGCCGCUUCAUCUAUCCACGUACAGUAUUCUUGAUUGUGUUGAUCACUGAGAACCACUCUUCUGAGAACCACUCUUCCCCCCACCAUGAUGCGUUACUGGGGCGAGAUCCCUGGGCCUGCGGGGGCUCCUCCCAGUCGCAGCUCCUUUGACUUGCUCCAGCGCGAGUUUCGCUCAGUGGAGAUGCAGGACCCUCCCCUGCAUCAGCCCUCGGCCCAGCGCCCGCGGCCCACCACCAUGCUGGACAUCCCCUCGGAGCCCUGUAGCCUCACCAUCCACACGGUGCAGCUGUGUCAACAUGCCCGCCGCCUCCGUAGCCUCCUGUCGGCGGCUCAGGGUCAGAGCUCGGCACCCUCUGAGGGGGGCAGCAAGCUGGAGGAGGCGGAUGCUCACCUGCCCCCGUGUCCUCCCACCCCGCCUGUCAUGCCAGACGACUUGCUACCCGUUGACAGCAAAGCCCCGCGGCAGCCCUUCCUCCUCCGCCACAGUGACCCUGAAAGUGACUUCUACAAGGGGAAAGGCGAGCCUGUCACAGAGCUGAGUUGGUCUUCCUGCCGGCCGCUUCUCUAUCAGUCAGUGGCCACCAUCUUGGCCCACGCCGGCUUUGAGUCGGCCCAGGAGAGCGUGCUGGAGACCCUGACCGACCUGGUCCAUGAGCAUUACAUGCGGCUCUCCCGCAUGCUGCGCGUGGCGGUGGACCGCGAGGCGCGGCUGGGAGUGAGUCCCUUCCCAGACGUGGUGGAGCAAGUGUUCCACGAGGUGGGCGUUGGCAGCGUGCUGGCCCUGCAGCGCUUCUGGCAAGUGAGGAUCAAGGACUAUCACAACUACAUGCUGCAGGUGAGCAAAGAUCUGUCAGAGGAAUAUGAACGAUUGGUGAACCCAGAAAAGGCUUCGGAGGACUCCAAGCCCCCGAGGAUUAAGGAGGAGCCCAUGAAUGACAUCUCCUUCCCCGUAAGCGAGGAGUUGGAGGCGGACUUGGCCUCUGGGGACCAAGCUCUGCCCAUGGGGGUCCUCGGGGCCCAUGCUGAGAGGCUGGCAUCGGCUCUGGUUGGAGACCAUUCUCCUCACACCUCAGGGGGUGUUGGGACCAACAGCUCCCCGCUGUGGCCUCAGGUAAAAAUGGAGCCGCAGGAUGCUGAGGAGGGCCAGGGCACCGGCAACCACCACCACCACCAUCACCACCAUGCCGUCCUAGGUGGCGACGUGUUUGAGGAGGGGGGACCCAUGUCCACCAUGAGUGAGUCAGGCGGAGCCAUGGCGGCCUCUCCCGGGGGAGUGGCGUCAGACGCCAGCUACGCGUCACAUUCGCCCGAUUCCUUGAUGGGCGCAUCGCCCGUUUUCAACCAAAGGCCCAAGAAGCGGUCGAGGAAGAUGUGAGGACGUGUUUGAGGAAGCUGGGACCGCUGAGAACUGAACUCUGAACACAAAAACCUGGCGGGGAAACGCACCAGCUGUGCAGCUGGCAACACGAACAGCCACGCCAUAAGUUGACAUACAUGUCAUGAACUGAUGUGAAGAGGGGGGGGAUGCGAGUGUACAGUUCCUCUCCAAUUAGCGGAAGGCUUUACCGUUAAAUUCACAACAGAUUUUAUUGUGAAAAGAAUAAACGUCUUUCAAAA